AUGGCGAGGCAAUCGUUUCUGAAACUCGUUGGUGAUUUCUCUUUCACGGAUUCUUCACAAUUUUCUAAGCUUCUGGAUUCGUGCAUCCGAUCCAAGUUGUCCGCAACCCAUGUCCGUAGUGUCCAUGCUUCUAUUAUCAAAUCCCCGUUCUUCGACGAGGUCUACAUACAUAAUCGGCUCAUCGACGCUUAUGCGAAAUGUGGGUCACUCGAGGAUGGACGCCGGGUGUUCGACAAAAUGCCUGAGCGAAAUGUUUACACUUGGAACUCUUUUGUGACGGCUUUGGCCAAGUUAGGCUUUCUGGAUGAAGCUGAUUCUCUGUUCCGUUCAAUGCUUAAACGUGAUCAGUGUACUUGGAAUUCCAUGGUUUCGGGAUUUGCCCAGCACGAUAGGUGUGAAGAAGCUUUGCAAUAUUUUGCUAUGAUGCAUAAGGAAGGCUUUGUGCCCAAUGAAUAUACUUUUGCCAGUGGUCUCAGCGCUUGUUCCGGUUUAAAUGAUAUGAAUAGAGGUGCACAAAUACAUUCUUUGAUUGCGAAAUCUCCUGGUUUGUUGUCAGAUGUUCAUAUAGGUUCUGCUCUUGUUGACAUGUAUUCCAAAUGCGGAAACGUUAAUGAUGCUCAGCAGGUUUUUGAUGAGAUGGGUAGUAGAAAUGUUGUCUCUUGGAAUAGUUUGAUUACAUGUUACGAACAAAAUGGUCCUGCGGUGGAAGCUCUCAAGGUUUUCCAUGCGAUGUUAAAAUCUAAUGUUGAGCCGGAUGAGGUUACAUUAGCAAGUGUGAUUAGUGCAUGUGCAAGCUUGUCAGCAAUUAAGUUUGGUCAGGUAAUCCGUGGCCGAGUUGCUAAAAUCGAUAAGUUAAGGAUCGACAUCAUUCUAAGCAAUGCUUUUGUGGAUAUGUAUGCAAAGUGCAGCAGAAUAAAAGAAGCUAGGUUCAUAUUUGAUAACAUGCCUAUCAGAAAUAUAAUCGCAGAAACCUCCAUGAUCAGUGGAUACGCAAUGGCUGCGAGCACUAAGGCAGCUAGACUCAUGUUCACCAAGAUGACCGAGAGGAAUAUUGUUUCGUGGAAUGCGCUUAUUUCUGGCUAUACGCAAAAUGGGGAAAACGAAGAAGCACUUAAUCUCUUUUGUCUAUUGAAGAGGGAAUCAGUAUGCCCAACACACUAUACCUUUGCAAAUAUCCUCAAGGCAUGUGCAGAUCUUGCAGAAUUACAUCUCGGCAUGCAGGCUCACGUGCAUGUCUUGAAGCAUGGGUUUAAGUUUCAAUCUGGUGAAGAAGCUGAUAUAUUUGUUGGCAAUUCCUUGAUAGAUAUGUAUGUAAAAUGUGGCUGUGUAGAAGAUGGUUAUCUUGUAUUUAGGAAAAUGAUGGAAAGAGAUUGCGUCUCCUGGAACACAAUGAUUAUUGGAUUUGCACAAAAUGGUUAUGGACAUGAGGCUCUUGAGUUGUUUAGAGAAAUGCUUGAUUCUGGAGAAAAACCGGAUUACAUCACCAUGAUUGGUGUUCUUUCUGCGUGCGGACAUGCUGGAUUUGUUGACGAAGGACGGCAUUACUUUUCUUCCAUGACUAAAGAUUUUGGUGUGGCUCCGUGUAGGGAUCACUAUACGUGCAUGGUCGAUUUGCUUGGCCGAGCUGGAUUUCUCGAAGAAGCAAAGGGCAUGAUUGAGGAGAUGCCUAUGCAACCGGAUUCUGUUAUAUGGGGUUCUUUGCUUGGUGCUUGUAAAGUUCAUAGGAACAUCACGUUAGGUAAAUACGUUGCGGAGAAGCUUCUAGGAGUAGAGACGUCAAAUUCAGGACCAUAUGUUCUUCUUUCUAACAUGUACGCUGAGCUCAGACAAUGGGGGGAUGUGAUAGAUGUACGAAAGUUGAUGAAGAAGGAGGGAGUCAGAAAGCAGCCAGGAUGUAGUUGGAUAGAUAUACAAGGACAUGUGCAUGUUUUCAUGGUAAAAGAUAAAAGACAUCCUCGAAAAAGGCAGAUACACUCGCUUCUUGAUAUUCUAAGAGCAGAGAUGAGACAGGAACAAGAUCAUGCCGAAACAGGAUCACUCUUGACUGAGGAAAUGGAUUAUUCAUCUACUCGUCUUUGGGACAAUACCAUGUAA